AUGCGGAGUGCAGUAGGUGAUACGCUGUCAUCACGUGCUCUAGAGACUACGGCCAUGAGCAGUGUCUAUACUAGCAGCUUUGUGAUCAGUGACCAUAUUCCUACUGCCAGCAGAUUAAACGAAUGUUCUUUUGGAGGUAAGCGUUAUCGCGGAUCUUGGGAAAGAGCUCCAGUCGACGUUCUAGACGUAUUUGACCUUGUAGAAAAUCAUGAAGAAUUUCUGGAACUAUUUUUACAAGUAAUGGAAGAGAUGACUACUAUUCGACAUCCUAACGUUGCCCAGGUGUAUGGUGUGGGUUUGGGCGGCGAGGAUCGCAUCGGCAGUGAAAGCCCUAUGACACACUUGGAUCUUGUAGAUGCUCUUUACGGUGUAUUGAAUGGCUUAAGAUUUGUUCACGAGAGUACACCACCCGUUUUACAUGGAAUGCUGACUGCAGACAGUGUUUGGAUGUCACGUGAUCUGAGUCAGGUGAAAAUAACUCACAUACGCACGGCAAGAUUGCUAGUAGAAAAAGGUCGACCUUCUUGCCUUUAG